AUGCCACACGACACCAUUGUCCCCAUUCAUCCUGACAUACGCAAAAAGAUGCGUUUGCAAUCACAUUUUUCUUCGAUAUACGAGGAUAACCACCACUUAUCUAGCGUUGAGCGUCGAUUUCGCGCAGAUGAUCUUGUCUUCAAAGCUCGCACUCAAUAUAUAGAACGUGUCAUGGAUGAGUGUUUGGGUCUAUAUGUGGAAUGUGAAGCGAAAGCAAAUGCUGUAGAACCCAUAAGGACCAUAAGCGCAGGCGAGCUCGUAUCACCAGACGGCGUGCAUUCAACCGGACUGCAGCCGGCUUUGGAGACACAUGGUAAACCGAAUGUUUUUGUGACGCCACCAUCGCCAGUGUUGCUGGUGAAAAAGAAGGAUGAAGUGCUCGAUAAAUUGGAAGCGGUAAUUGAGAGCCGGAAAAAUAUGACGCUAUUGAUAGAUAACAAAUUGCAUGAAGCCGUGGAGGAGCUGCAUUGGCCAUGGAUUGUUGAUGUUUACGUUGAUGGUAGGUUGUGGUGUGUGGGCGCAUUGGUUGAUAAGCAUUGGGUUAUGGUGCACGAAACGUGCCACUACGGCGUCAGAUUCAACACCAAUUAUAUUGCCGUACUACUGGGUGGUGGCAAGACGAAACGACGUCGGCACAAAAGCACCCACGAACAGAUACGACGUGUUGAUUGCUUUGAGCUGGUGCCCAAGAGCGGUGUACUGUUGUAUCACUUGGAAAAACCGGCACACUUUACACAUUACGUGCUACCAACAUUCUUGCCGGACUCCUUCAAACCCACCACCGAUGAGUCCAGCCAAUGCAUAGCAAUUUUACACGACGACCACAGCGGUCGUAUCAAAGCUGUUGCCGCAAUUGAGGAGCGAAAUGAUUCACUGUGCAAAGUCUCCGAUAUGUCAUGCUAUCGACUGGUGGAGCGUAAACCACCGCAGCAGGUACUUAAUGAGCUGUCAGUAAGCGAAGAAGAUGUUGCUAGUUUAUCGGAGGAAGUUGUACUAAAGGAAGCCUUCCUCGAUGGGAACGACACGUUGGGUUCGACGAUUUCCCGUUUUACUACUUGCACACAAUUCGGCAGGAAGAAUUUCAGCCGCACUGCACUAGAUCCUAUUGAUCAGGGCAUUUUGGCUUGUAGGCAAUCUGACACUGGCUGGUAUCCAAUGGCGUUGUUCGACUACAAUAAUACGAAUUGUUAUAGCUUUAGGGACUCGAUUGCAUUGCGUACGCUGGAAAAGGUUCACGGCACGAUACAGGCUUUAAUAGAUCAACCUAAAUGUGAGCAUUCCAAUGCGGCACCGGUCUGCAGCACUUUUCGUUGUACGCUGGGCGAUUGCUUGGAAGAAGAACAAAUUUGUAAUGGGUUCAGUGAUUGUCAUGACGAUGCGGAUGAAGAGAAACAAAUGUGUAUUGGACGGAAGAAAGUUUGUCAGCCAUCAGAGAUGAAAUGCCGUACCACCUAUAAGUGCAUACCAAAAACUAAAUUUUGCGAUCACAUAGCCGAUUGCGAUGACAUGACCGAUGAACCUACACUUUGCUCUUGCUAUACGUAUCUGCAAGCCACCAACCCAAAGAAAAUAUGCGAUGGCAUACGUAAUUGUUGGGAUAAAAGCGAUGAAAGUCCAGCGCUAUGUAAUUGCACUGCUAAUCAUUUUCAAUGUGGCGGUGCAUCGAAGGAAUGCGUACCACGCGACUUUGUUUGUGACAAAGAACCCGAUUGUCCCAAUGGCGAAGAUGAGAAAUAUUGUUUUGGACUUGAAUUUCCACAGCAGAUAGUUACCAGAAAGACAGCCUUCACACAGUCACCCCAAAUCAAACACAAACAAUUGCCCCAGUAUGGUCAGGUGAUCGAACAGACCUAUGGCGUGUGGCAUACUAAAUGUUUUGCUCGCGACAAUCCACCAGACGCGAAGGAGGUGCGACAAAUUUGCCAAAAGCUUGGCUUUAGUCCAUUCAAACAGCCAAGCUAUCGUAUAAUUGACGACGCUGCGCAAGAGGUGGUCGAGACCAAUGAAUGGCCCGAUCAGCGUGGACGAAGUUUUGGUAAUGACUAUGAAUCGCCGCUAAACGUACGAUAUCGCAGUGCCACGAAAGCGGUGGUGGUGAGCAAAUACUCACCGCUCAAUCUCAAUGAUGAGUUGACAUUGUUCCUGAAACCGAGCAGGCCGAUCGCCGAGGUGGCGCGCUGGAAUGCGGCGGAUUCGGAUAAGUGUUAUCGGCUCGAAGUGAAAUGUAUGUAG